UCUUUUCCCUCAACUCUUUCAUCUUCUCCGCAAAGAAAAAAAAAAUGCUGAGAGCAGUGAGCAUCCAACCUGCUGAUUCUUCCUCCAUUGUUCGCCUCAGCAUCGGUGGUAAAAAAUUCUCCACAACUGUGGGCACACUGACUCAGCGGGAGCCUGAUUCGAUGCUAGCAGCUAUGUUCAGUGGGCGCCAUGUGAUGUGUCAAGAUCCUGACAAGGGAGAUGUCUUUGUUGAUCGAGAUGGGAAACACUUCAGACAUAUUCUAAACUGGUUAAGGGAUGGUGUCAUUCCCACUUUAUCAGACUCUGACUACUCGGAGCUUCUGCGUGAGGCAGAAUAUUAUCAACUACUGGGACUAAUAGAUGGAAUUCAUUCCGUCGUGAGUAAGAAGAGGGAAGAGGAUAAGGAUGAGUUGGACUCAGAACUGACAAGAACUGAUAUUAUCAAGUGUAUACAAUCAGAAAGAGUCAGAUUUAGGGGGGUUAAUCUUUCUGGGAUUGAUCUUUCCAAGCUGGACCUGUCACUUGUAGAUUUCAGCUAUGCAUGUCUCAAAAAUGUGUUCUUUUCGCGAGCUAAUUUGCAAUGUGCAAAAUUCCGGGAUGUGGAUGCUGAAGGAUCCAUAUUCCACAAUGCUACCUUGCGUGAAUGUGAAUUUACUGGAGCCAAUCUUCGGGGGGCUUUAUUAGCCGGUGCAAAUCUUCAGAGUGCUAAUCUACAAGAUGCUUGUCUGGUCGGUUGUAGCUUCUGUGGAGCAGACUUGCGAUCUGCACAUUUGCAGACUGCUGACUUAACCAAUGCCAACUUAGAGGGAGCCAAUUUGGAGGGUGCCAACUUAAAGGGGGCUAAAUUAAGCAAUUCAAAUUUAAGGGGUGCAAACCUGCAAAGAGCAUACCUACGCCAUGUAGAUCUUCGAGAGACUCAUUUGGAAGGUGCAAAGCUUGAUGGUGCUAAUUUGCUUGGGGCAUUUAGAUGACUACGAAGAUCGUGAAAAGCUUGUAUAGGUUGAUCUCUUAUUUAUUUCGGCCAAUGACAUGAGUGUUCUCUUGUAUACUGACUUAUACUCUUAUGUUUGGUGAGAAUAAAAAUGUUCUGGUUGUUGGCUGAUGUAGAUAUUUAUAUGGUGCUGCCUAAAUUGUCGUU